AAUCAGAUUGAAUUAUCGACAAAUUCAAUUUUCACCAAAUUUCCCGUUUCUCUUAUUCUCUCUGCAUCGCCCCUUGCCGCCGUUGCCCGUGAACUUGCUUGUGAGUCUGUGACCUGCCGUCUGCCGUGCCGCCUACUGCCGCCGAAUUCCUCCACUGGAAUUUUAGUAUUUUAAUCGAGUGAAACUCAGUUAGAGACAUGGCUCGUUUCAGAAACAAGAAGAGAAAACCGUUUGUUAGGCAGAUCACCAGGAAGCAGCCAAGUGUGGAUCAUAUAACUGGAGACAAGAUUCCGAAGAGUUUUGUGUUUUCUAGGGGGAAAUUGCCUGGUCCUCUUCGACAACUGCAGAUGGAUUUGAGAAAAUUGAUGCUUCCUUUUACUGCUCUCAAGCUCAAGGAAAAAAGGCGAAAUAAUCUCAAAGACUUCUUGAAUGUUUCAGGGCCUAUGGGUGUGACACAUUUUCUCAUUUUGUCUAAAACUGACUCGGCGCCAUACUUGAGGGUUGCUAGGACACCCCAGGGUCCAACGCUUACAUUUAAAAUAAAUGAAUACUCAUUGGCAGCUGAUAUUGCUCAAAGUCAAUUGCGUCCGAGAUGCCCCCAAGAUCUUUUCAAAAACUCACCCUUGAUUGUUCUUUCUGGUUUUGGAACUGGGGAGCAACAUCUGAAGCUCACUACUAUAAUGUUUCAAAACAUAUUUCCUGCCAUAGAUGUGAACACUGUCAAUCUUUCUUCAUGCCAAAGGAUUGUAUUACUGAAUUACAACAAAGAGACGAAGCUUAUUGACUUUCGUCAUUACUCUAUUAGAUUACAGCCUGUUGAUGUUUCACGUAGAAUCAGGAAGUUUGUGCAAAACCAUCAGGUGCCUGAUUUGAGUAAUCUUCAAGAUGUGAGCGAUUUUGUGACAAAGGCUGGUUAUGGAUCAGAAAGUGAAGUGGAUGAUGAAGCUGCAACUGUAAGUCUAGCAACUGACCUUGGUAGAGUUAACCGAGCUUCUAAUAAAAGUGCUGUUAAGCUUCAAGAGAUUGGACCUAGGCUGACACUUCAGCUCAUCAAAAUUGAGGAAGGACUGUGUUCUGGAGGAGUAAUAUUCAGCGAAUAUGGAAAUCACGGGUCUUAUAAAAACCAGAAAACUGAUGAUGAAGAGCGAGAGAACGAGGAUGACAGGGACGAAGAGCAAGAGAGCGAGGAAGAAAAAGACAAUGGCGUGGAAGAAGAUUAGUGAGUAAGUGUGCGAAUUCAUGUUAAUUGGUGCAGCUCUCAACAUCUGUAAAGCGGAUGUAACUUUCUUUCCUUGGUUGCCGUUUCGGCUUUUUAUUGUUUGCAAUACCAUUUGAUAAAUUAAAUACUAUAAUUUUGUGUUACUUGGCCUUUGCCAAUCUUUGAUUUGUUUAUAUUUGUGAGGUUUAACAAAUGUUUUCAAAUAUUAACUUGACAAUCGGAUUACAAAAAGAAUGGAGUGGUUGACGGAAUUAUACAAAUGUUUA